ACGCAAUUGUAGGCCACAGGGCCUGCGUGCAUAAUAUAAGCGACUCCUACAUUUAGCCAAUCGCCAAAACUAGAAUACAAAGCGGGGCAUUGUAAAGUCCUCGGGAUUGAACGUCUUUAGCGAACAUCUUUUUCAUACGUUGUGGUCCUAUCGAGAACCCAUGUCACCGGCAAAGAAACCAUUGCCUUCUCCCUAUCGACAUCACUGAACUGCCCAUGGCUUAAGGGGGAAGGAGUCCACAAGGCCGCCACGUCGGCGGCUUGCUCUCAAGAAAAGCGCGGUGGGGACCAUGAAACUGUGUUUGGCAGGAUUUGGCUCACGAGAAUGCAAAGAAUGGGUCUAAACCUGACGUCCGAGCGGCCCGAGUCUUUGCCAGUGGUCGUUGGAAUCCGGAACGAGGGCUCGAUAUGCAAUGCGCUGGUCACAUGUUAUGCGCUACGGAAAAGCGGUCGAGACGGCAUUCGAGCGGCUUUGCGAGCGAACUCGGUCAGGGUCCUGUUUGUCGUUCUGCAGAUUAGUAAGGAGACGUUAUAUGGGAGGACACUCGCGGCAGAGGAGCCAGAAUUGGCUGAGAGGAUCAUGAGGGAGAAAGUAGAGGAUAUACUGGAGCCAAUGGAAGAGGAAAAGGAUUUGAUGGUGGUGGACUCUUUGCGAGAUGUGGAUUCUUUGACUCGGGAUAUCGAAGGAAGGAUUCGUAGGCAUGUUUCGUAGGCAUCUUGCAAGGAUUUCAUGAAUAAUGGUUGUACCGCUUGA